AUGCCGUCCCAGGACAGGGAGCCCCCUCGUGACCGGGAAUUGGUCCGGCAUUCAAUGACACACUCCGACUCUAAAGUCCCAAUGUGGGACAGUUCGGAUCCCGAGCGUGCUCCUCCGCCGCUCCCAAUGAACCCUCGUUCCAUGAGCCCAUCAAUGAGCCCAACAACGAGGGCCCAUGUUUCGCCCGGCAUUCAAGCAGUUGCGGCGAAGUUUACAGAAAAGCCUAGCGAACAUGCGCUGAGCUCUUACACAACAAAUCCUAUGCCAAACAAGUCUUCCUCGCCCGAGAGGUCGUUGAUUAAAGGACAGCACCAUAAGCGCAUGCAAUCUUUGCAGCCUGAAGAUACGCGACAAGAUGCUCGCAGCGAAUUUAUGAAUUACCUUGAAAACAGAUCCCCGGAACGACCUCUGCGCGCGACUAUCGUCGAAGGGACGAAGCAGCGCGACCCCAGCAAGUCCAUCAGCUCGCCCGCGCUUCGACAAGAUGCAGAACGAGACAUGAGCUACUCACUAUCAAGUCGAUAUCUAUCCAAGCCGAUCUUGGGAGAGAGUACUCCACCGUCUGCGACAAUGUUAGCUUUACAAAACAUGCAGCUCCCCAUGGAGCCCGACCCUCCAUCGCCCUCUAAGCCUCCAAAGAUGAUCACUGCACCCUUUGAGCCUCGACCUCAGCCUACUUCAAAUACAAGCAUGGACUCGCUUGCGAGCCAAAUCCAUAGCCUCACCGACAUAGCAAGUAGCCUGCAACGCGAGAUGAUGAACCUGAGUCGACGCAGCAAAGACAAUGCUACCGAUUUGGUCAGCCUCAAGGCAGCCACGAAUGCUCGCGACGAGGAUAUUCGCAAGAGUUUGAAGGAUCUGUCUUCUCAUCUCACAACCAAGUACCUGGAUGCCGAAACCUCAAGGUUUGAUUUCAGUAAUCUUUUCAAGGGUGGUGAUGGGUCUAACCCCAAGGAUCCGGAUAGUCCCGUUUCGAAGAGAAGCUACUCUGUACCGCGCAUGCCGAGCCCCAAUCCCUUCGCUUUUGAUAGAGACUCUUGCGUUUCGCCCGCACCGAUUUCCGACGGUUCUGCGGCCCUCGCUUUGCUCGAAAAGGUAUUGCGUGAGAUGGCAACAAAGGAAGGUGAGGAGAGGCUCUUGGAACUUGUUGAAGAACUCAAAUCAAGACCUGCCGCCACUGCCUUGGAAAAAGAGGCCGAUACCAAGGUUACCGCCAUGCUCGAAGAGAUCCUCAACCUUGUAAAGGAGGACCCCGCCAGCAAAGCCCUUGUGCGAUCAUACGGGAUGAACAGUAACCUUAGCAAUAUCGGACUUGACCACGAGUCUGCAGAGGCUACACGAUCUGGGCCGAUGGGAUCAACUGAUCCUGACGCUGUACGUGCACUUAAUCUUUCUAAGCCUGACAAGGGGGAUGCCAUUUCGCCAAAGUCCGAGGAAGUCUUGGCUAUCCUCACAACCGUCAAGAACAGCGUCCUUGAGUCUGGCGGCAUGACCAAUGGCGUCAAGAGCUUGGUGCGCGAAUUGCGAGGUGAGGUUCUGGGCAUGGGCCGAGAACUCGGCCGGCGACUGGACGAUAUCGAGACUUCUCGUGCCAGGGACGAGCCAGAGGAGAAGCCACGAAUCGCUGGCCCAGAAGAGAUUUCCGCCAUCGUUAACCGUAGUCUGGACGACCUAAAGGAGCAGCUGGCUGCUACAAUUAAUGAGAGUCGCCAACAAUCAUCCGAUCUAUCCGAGUUCAGAUCAACCAUGAACAGCGCUGCAAUCUACUCGGUUGUAAAGAAGGCACUGAGCGAGCUCGAACUUCCACAGCCACAGGCGGAGCCUCGAGGUGCGGAGAUGGACAGGGAAGAUAUUCUCGAGACCGUCCGCGAAGCUUGGGAAACCUACAAACCUGAGAUUGAGUUCAACAACUUUGGCUUGGAACGGGACGAGAUUCUCACUUGCCUGCAAGAAGGGCUCAAGUCCUACCAGCCGCAGCAUGAAGAGGCUGUCACUUACGAUCAGGUCCUAGCGGCUGUCGAAGACGGCAUGCAGAAGUUCAUUCCACCUCAAAUCGAGCAUCCGCCCAGCAUUAGUCGGGACGAGAUCAUCCUGGUCAUCCGCGAAUGCCUGGACAAGCAGCCCGAGCCUGCUGCAAGGUCUCUUGGCGAGGAAGAACACGUCGGCCAUCUCAACUCCAUGCGUGACGAAAUCCUCGAUGCAGUUGCUAAAACUUUGGCUACCCACCACGAAGGCGCGAAGACCAUGGACGACGACCUUGUCAACCACCUAUACUCCAUACGCGAUGAGAUUAUGGAUGCGAUGACUGAUUCGGUAGCCGCCAACAAAGUCAGCAACAAAUCUGUGGACGAGGAACAUGUCAACCACCUUUACUCUGUUCGCGAUGAAAUAAUCGCAGCCGUCACCGGGGCGAUGACUACCCAUGCCGCAGAAUCCAAGUCUGCAGAGGAGAACCAGUCGGCCAGCCAUCUCACAUCUCUCCGGGACGAGAUUCUUCAAGCUGUGGCUGGCGCCAUGGCCACCAACGAGAUAGCAGCCCCCAAGGAGCUGAGCGACGAACACAUCAACACUCUGUACGCGAUACGUGAUGAAAUUAUGGAUGCUGUCACUGGAACUAUGGCAGCCCAAAACACCUCCAGAUCAGUGGAUGAAGAUCAUCUUAGCCACCUGAAUUCUAUUCGUGAUGAGAUCCUCGGGGCAGUGGCUGGUUCCAUCGCCCAAAGCACACUCAGCAAUGAUUCUGGGCUUGGUCGCGAUGACAUUCUCAGCGCUGUCUCCGAUGGUCUCGAGGCCCAUUUCACUGCGACCAAGGAGAUGGAUGAACCACACAUCUCUCGCCACGAUGUAAUGAAUGCCGUGAACGAAGCGUUCGAUGCUCAGCAAUCCGCUCUAGUCACCAAUAGCCAACCGAGCGUUUCCCGGGACGAGAUCUUGCAUACUAUUGCAGAAGGGAUUGAAACCUCGAUGAAUGCCCAGCAGUCAGCACUGAGUACUAAUGUCCAACAGACAGUGUCUCGCGAAGAGAUCUUCGGCGCCAUCGUGGACGCCAUCGAACAAUCGCGCUCUUCCCUCAGCACAAAUGAUGAGCCUAGUCUUUCUCGAGAUGAUGUCUUGGGUGCCAUUCUGGAAGGUAUGGCGAACUCCCCCAACCGCCAGGAAUCAAGUAUCUCCAGGGACGAAAUCUUGAGUGCUAUUGCGGACGGCAUCGAAGCCUCACACAAUACAUCACGAUCUCUCACCAUGACCGAGCAUGAACAUGAGGAUGAGAGGCCCUCUUCGAUCUCUCGCGAAGACAUUCUCAGCGCAAUUGUCGAAGGCAUCGAGCACUCCCAUGCCUCUAUCGGCGCAAGCUCACAGCCCAGCAUCUCCAAAGAGGAGAUUAUUAGUGCCAUAGCUGAAGGCUUCGAGACAUCGCACAACACAUCACGAUCUCUCACCUUGCCUGAGAAUGAGGAUGAGAAGAAGGCAUCGAUCUCCCGAGAGGAGAUUCUAAGUGCAAUUCUCGAAGGCUUUGAAAACUCGCCCAACCGACAGGCGUCGAAUAUCUCCCGGGAUGAAAUCUUGAGCGCUAUUGUGGAAGGCAUCGAUCACUCUCAUGCCUCAAGUGCCCAGCCCAGCAUCUCGAAGGACGAGAUCAUGAGUGCUGUCGUUGAGGCCCUUGAGACUUCGCAAACAAGCCAACAAUCAGCACUUAGCACCAACGUCCAGGAACCAACCAUCUCACGCGAAGAAAUUCUGAGUGCCAUCUCUGAAGGCAUUCAAAAUAGCAACUCCAUCACACGAGAGAUCGAGCUGAACCAGGAUGAUCUGAUGGAGGCGAUCACCAACGGCCUCAACGAGGCUAUUGGUUCCACGAACACCAACAUUGGCGGCGAAGUCACCGAACGUCUCCAAACCCUCGUUGACGACAUGAAGGAGGAAUUCAAGCAGUACUCUUCCGCCAGUGGAAGAGACACCGAGCAAGUCCUCGACGCCAUCAAGGAUGGCCUUGAUGUCGUUCGCAAAGAGAUCGAGACUUAUGUGGCCACCGCCGCCGACCUAUCCGGCAAGGACGAAGUCAUUGACACUGUCAAGGAAGGAUUCCGCCUGCUUCAAGCCGACAUGGAGAAGACCAUCACGGACACAUCUCUAGCUAACGCGCCGCGGGGCAACCCUGAUACCCCUGAGCUGCUGGACGCCAUGGAAAGGGAAUUCGAACACCUGCGGGGCACUAUUACUACCCUUCUUCUGCGAGAUAAGGACCCUGGAGACAAGGAUGAGAUUUUGGAUGCUAUCCGGGAAGUCUCCGAGCACAACAAGAGCGUGUCUGGCAACGAUGAAGUGAUCAAUUCGAUCAAGCAGGAAUUCGAAAGCCUUCGAGAGCGCAUGGAGAUGAGCGUGGUUCGUUCCGAGCCUGGCGCCGAAAAGGACGAAAUCAUUUCGACGCUCCGCGAGCAUUUCGACGCGCUGCGUGAGGAGACUGCGCGCAAAGACGGCAAUGAAAGCAUGCUAUCCACGACAAGCGAACUGCUCGACGCAUUUACUGAUGGUGUAGACUCCAUCCGCGAUGAUCUUAAGAAAAUUAUGGAGAAGCCGACCGAGUUUGACAGCGCAGAGAUGCUUGAAACCAUAAAAGAUGGUCUUGCCGAUUUGAAGCUCGACAUGGAGAAUCUCCGUCAGUCCAACAAAGACGUGGAUGAUGCGAGCACUACUCGCGGUGGUGAACUCAUGCUCGCAAAUGAGGCACCAGAACAGACACCAAGUAUCGUUCCCGACAUUGAUGGGUUAAAGGAGCUCAUCACUCAGCUCCAAGACAAAGUUGACGCUAUCGAGUCUGCUCCCCGUGCGGUAGAGCAUGACGAAGAUGCUUUGAAGCGCUCGCAUCUUGAUGAAGUACUCCUUGCUCUGCACGAAGUCCAACUUGCCAUGGGCGAAAUGAGUGCUCAGCGAAGCCCAGAGGAUGACAACACCGCCAAAAAGCAGGAUACCGAGGCGCUUGAGCAGUUGAUCCUGAGCACCAAAACCCAAAUCGAUGAGCUUGUCUUCCCUUCCCCCGACCAGGUCGCCACUUCCGAACAUAUUGGAACACUUGAGACCAUGAUCCGAGAAGCCAAGGAUUCCAUUGCUGAAUUCUCUGGACGUAUGGAAGCUGAGGCUCCCACCAAAGCUGAAAUUGGCACCUUAGAAGGUCUCAUCAAGGAUGUUUGGGUUGUAUUGGAUGAGCUCAAAAACAAGACCAAGGAUGACCCGGAAGAGAAUCCCGAUGAAAAGAUACUCAAAUCCGAUCUUCAGACCGUGGAAGCCAUGAUCUUCGAAGUCAAGACCCAGGUUGAUGAGCUCAAGCUUCCUGAUGUCGACACUCUCCCCACCAAAACCGACAUUGAGGAGCUCUCGGGACUCGUCAGUGAUUUCCGAGAGAAGAUGGAAGCCAACAACGAAUUGACCGCCCAAGGCUUUGAUGCUCGCAAGGUCGAGCACGGGGGUCUGGCUGAGAAGAUUGACGAGGCCAAGUUCGUCGUUGGCGAGCUCGGAGAUGAACUUAAGAGCAAGCUUGAUGGCAGCACUGAAGGCCUGGCUGAGCUCAAGCAGCUGCUCGAAGGCUUGUCCAUCACAGCCGAGAACUUCAGCACUGUCGACAACAUCAAGGAGCUUACUGACCUCAUCAACCGGGAGUUCGAACGUUCUCGUGGCGAGGAAGAUGCAGGUAAGGUCGAAAAGGAGGAGCGAGACGCCGCUACCAUGGUGAAGCACGAUGAGACGCGGGCCGCCAUCAUCGUGGAACUCGGUACUAAGAUUGACGAAAAGAUUUCUGAAGUCCUCGCCAAGUACGACGAUGCGCACGCCUCCCUCCACUCCAAGCUUUCAGAAACUGAAGAGCGAGACCUGGCACACACCGAAUCCCUGACGAGCACAAAGAGUCUCGCCGAAGAUAUCAGACUUGUCAUUGGUGCCAUGGGCGACAGUGUCAAUGAAACCUGCGAGCGCUUGAGUGUGGACACCAAAACACUCAUGGAGCAAGUUGAUCAAUCCCGCCAGCAGAUGGAAGAGUUGCACAAGGACGUGAAAUCGCACCAAGAGCAGGCCCAGGCUGAGAAUGAAAGAGCUGCCGCUGCGACUGAUCGAGUGGAGAGCAAGCUCCUUGAGUUCCAUCCUCAGAUCCUGGAGUCUGUGCAGGAGAUUCUGACCAUCGUCAGCCAGCACUACGACCACUCGCAGAAGUCGGCUGAUGACUUCAAAUCAGAGCUUUCUGCAUUGCCUGCAUUGAUUCCUGCAAUGUUGCCUGCUCCGCCGGAGCCAGAGGAGGCCCAACGUUCUCUUGCUAUAGAAGAUACUCCUAUACAGAGCAAGCUGGACGACAUUCUGGAACAUGCCCGUAACAGCCAGGUUCAUGAAAUUUUGAACACUCUUCUUGACCACUCAAAGAACAACCAGGUUCACGAAACAUUGAACACCCUUGUUGAGAACUCGAAAAAUGACCAGGUCCACGAAACGUUGAAUACUAUACUCGAGAACUCGAAGAACGACCAACUCCACGAGAAGUUAGAUCGGGCUCUUGAGCAAGGGUCGGGCUCGAAUGAUCAAAUCUACGAAAAGCUCAAUGAGCUCCUUGAUCACGCCACCAACGGCUCUGGUCCUGUCCACGAGAAGCUGGAUGCCUUGCUCAGCCGUCCUGUGAAUCCACCUGAGUCUGAUGCUUCAGUCACUCAAAUGAUGAAGCUGGAUGAGAUGCACAAGGAUAUCAUGGAAAAUGCUCGCAGAAUGAAUGAGAUGUUUGCUGCUCAGUCAGUGAUAGUUGCUGAGGAUACCGAGCGCAAGCGACGCGAGGCGGAGGAAGCUGGUAUUGCUCUCGAGCGCAGAGUUGCACAGCGUGAACAGGUGGAAGCCGAGCUUGUUACCCUGCAUGAAGAAAAGGACUCUAUGUUGAACAUGAUCCAUCGUCUGAGGGCAGAGAAGGAAGAUAUGAUCAAACAAAACAACAAACUUAACAAGGAUCUAUCUGGUCUCGAAACGGCUCUUGAGAUUCGCCAUGAGGAGAUGCGUCACAUGGAGGAACGCGCGGAUGGCCUCGAGAAACGCAUAUUGGAAGGUGUCCUGGAUCAUGCUCGCACAGUCCUUCUCGGCCGUUCCAACAGUUUACAGGCCAUGAACUUGAGGCGGAACCGCAGCACUAGGAGCACUCGCAGCUCGCGGGCGGGGGCCCGCAGCCCAAGCGUGACAAGUUCUGCCAGUACCGCGAAAGAGUCUAAGGAAAAUCGCAAUCUGGUCGGCAGUGGCGUUGGAAUGGCUUUGAAGCGUCGAAUGCCGAACUCGCUCCAUGCUGGAACAGUUGCCGUGCAGCCGAAUAUCGGAAAAGAGCGCCGCAUCCUCAGCUUGAGUCAUGUUACCGGCAAUCGCGGUACAGAGCGGCAGGUCAGCGGUAAAUCUGGUAUCACGAACCUGAAGCGCAGUCACUCCGUCAAAUCCAACAACAUCCUUCGCAAAGCCUCGUGGGCUGGACCCAUUUCCGUCGCCGACAAAGAAAACGAGCCUUUCCAUGAAGAGGAUGAACUUGCUAGCGACACGGAACGAGACGCUGGUCCCCGGCGACAGAAAAGCUAUGCGGGAUCUGACCGGAGAACGAGCUAUGCAGCAAGCAAUGCUCCCUCCGACCGCAAGACAAGCUACGCAGGAUCAGAUGCUGGCACUGAACGCAACUACGCCGAGAGCACUGCUGGCACCGACCGCCGAACAAGCUAUGCGGCAAGUAACGCAGGUACCGAGCGGAAAGCAAGCUACGCCGACAGUUGCGUCAACAGCAUCGUUGAGAGUGUGGUGACUGACGACUCGGAUCCCCGUCGCGUCAGCGGCGUGAGUUCCAAGAAUGACUACGGUGUGGCAGAAAGCUCAAUUGCCGAGGAUGACCACGAGGACCGAGAUGAUGACAUCUCAAUCGAUGGGUCCAACUCAGAUGAUGCGCACACAGCACACGAAGAUGCAGAGCAUUCUGGCCCGGAGGAGGACGAAGACCAUGAAAUGUCUCGCCAGAUCAGGGAGGCCAACGCAGCCGCGGAAGCUGAAGUUAUGAAAUUGUUGGCUCCGCCGAGUGACAGUGGACUUGGUACGGAUGUUGCUGUUUAG